CCCCGGAGGCGCUGCGGCUGAGACAGUGCGGUGGCGGCGGAAUUGCCCGGUCCCGCCUUAAGGAGGGGUGGUCGCCUGGGCCCUGCAGAAAUGAGUGACAUGGAUUCAUACAAGGUGGUGCUGGAGGGGCCACCACCAUGGGGAUUCCGGCUGCAGGGUGGCAAGGACUUCAACAUGCCAUUAUCAAUCUCCCGGCUUACCCCUGGGGGCAAGGCAGCCCAGGCAGGUGUGGGAACAGGUGACUGGGUGCUAAGCAUCGAUGGGGAGAACACCAGCACCUUGACACACAUUGAAGCACAGAACAAGAUCCGUGCCUGUGGGGAUAAGCUUGCCCUCAGCCUGAGCAGAGUCCAAAACCUCCUAGUCAAACCUCAGAAGGUGCAGAACCCUGAAAAAGUUAAUGCUGAGCCCCCUGAGGUGAAAGCUCCACCCCAAACCAAUCCGGCGCCUGAUUAUGGUGACUACUACCUGGAGGACAAGCACUCUCUCCGGCUGAUGAGCCUGCCGGCCUUCCUCCCCAAUGACUCCAGCAAAAAGAGACUUAUUGAGGACACAGAAGACUGGCGACCGCGGACUGGCACCACCCAGUCCCGUUCUUUCCGCAUUCUGGCCCAUCUCACAGGCACAGAGUUCAUGCAAGACCCGGAUGAUGAGCAUAUUAGGAAAGCCAGCCAGGUCUCCAUACCGGAUCUGUCUUCUGCGCCAGCCUUGAAAGUGGAACCUGGAUAUGGCUCUGCUGUCCCAAAGCCUGCACCUGUCUCUGGCCCUGCCAGUCGCCCACCCUGGGCUGUGGAUCCUUCCUUUGCUGAGCGCUAUGCCCCAGAUAAAACCAGCACAGUUCUGAGCAAGCACAGCCAGCCAGCCACCCCAACACCGAUGCAGAACCGCAACUCCAUUGUCCAGGCUGCGCAGCAACCACCCGAGAGCGCCAGCAAAACGCCCAUCUGCUAUCAGUGCAACAAAAUCAUCAGGGGGCGUUACCUGGUGGCACUGGGACGCUACUACCAUCCUGAGGAGUUCACCUGCUCCCAGUGCAGGAAGGUGCUGGACGAGGGUGGCUUUUUUGAAGAGAAAGGCUCCAUCUUCUGCCCCAAGUGUUACGACAUGCGCUAUGCCCCGAACUGUGCCAAGUGCAAGAAGAAGAUCACAGGAGAAAUUAUGCAUGCGCUGAAGAUGACCUGGCACGUUCAGUGUUUUGUUUGUGCUGCCUGCAAAACACCUAUCCGCAAUCGAGCCUUCUACAUGGAAGAAGGGCAGCCGUACUGCGAGAGAGAUUAUGAGAAGAUGUUUGGAACCAAAUGCCGCGGCUGUGACUUCAAGAUAGAUGCCGGUGACCGCUUUCUAGAGGCACUGGGAUUCAGCUGGCAUGACACUUGCUUCGUCUGUGCGAUCUGCCAGAUCAACUUGGAAGGAAAGACGUUCUACUCCAAAAAGGAUAAGCCUCUGUGCAAGAGUCAUGCUUUCUCCCAUGUGUGAAGAGGGGAAAGGGGGGGGGAGGGGAGGGGGUCCUGACUGCUCAAGCUGUUGCCCAGCCCCUGUAUUUCUUUUUCACCACGUUUUUGUCUUGUCCUGUCUGUAGAGCUGGGCCCCAGAUCCCUCACUUGACAAUCAUUCCUAGCUGGGGGUAGAAUGCUCAGGGUUCCCUUUGGGAAAAUUCAGCUACAUGGAUUCAGACCAUUGCUUUUUAAUACAUUUUCAUUCUGCACCAAGUGUCAGGCAGUUAGGCACUGCCCAUUCUAGCCUGGGGUGGGGUGGUGGGCUUAGUGCCCUUAGCCUAUAGGACUUGCCUACGCCUCUGUUACUUGUGUAGUUUCAGCCAAAGAGGGAAUGGAAUAUUACUGUAUAGCUGAAGGACUGCUGGUGUUAGUACUGUUGCAAAGUAGGCAUCGUUCGAGGUGGUUCUGUUCUGUCUGGGCUCAUCCACACAUUACAAAUUGACUGACUCUGGUCUCGGGAGUUCCAUGCUGGGAACUUAAUUCCCAGGUGCUGUAGUCCCUGUUUGGGAUCAGGAUUGUGAGACAGGGACUUCAGGCUGUGCCAUUUGCCUAACUUGAAAUGGCCCAGGGGAACUGCUUUCCCCCCACUGGGGAGGCUUUUAUUCACUAAUGGCUACAGAGAGGUUUUCCCAAAAGGGAAAAUAGCAGCUCCCAUUUUUCAUCUGGGAAGACGACAGUGUGUGUGUGUGU